GGAUUUUAGUUGUUAAAAUCCAUGAAUAUGCAACUGUGAAAUUAUGUUUCGAAUCGAGAUCAGCAGUUAUCCUUCAUCCCUAUCGAGCGGCAUAUUGUCUACAAUGACUCAGUGACAGUGCAAGAGUUCUGAAUGACAAUGUGGGAACAAAAGGUUUAUACUAUAUACAGUAGGAAAUGAAAGGUUUUAGAUGAUAAUUGAAAACUUUUUUUUGGGAACUUACCGUUAACAGAGCCUAUGACGUCUAGAACGGAACUGUUUGGUGUGGGGGAUGCAAUGAUUGAAGUUGAGAACGGAAGGGAACGAAUCUUUUGGUGUAAUAUUACGCCUCAGCGUCUGUAGAUCACUAUUGCUAAAACAAACUGAUCUGUACGAUUUGAUUAAUUUUCAUCCACAACAAUCCCAUUGGCGCUCUGUAAGUUUUGUACCCAGUGCGUAAUGCUUAACAAUCCAUUUUCCUGUAUCAACGGCAAAUGUACUAACAAGGAAUGCAAUUUAAAUCUCAAACACGCCCAUGGCAUUGCAACUCAUAUUCAACGAGCUAUAACUAUAGAUGCCUUCAUUUGACAGGUUAUCAACUCAUGUUAAAACAUUAUUUUUUCUAAUGUGAAAGAAGUCCGUCGGAUGGCAGAAUUGUAACAUUUACAUAGCAAUUAAGAAAAGAAGAAACACAUGCAAACAUUGGGUUUGAAUUGUAUGUUGUUGUUUUGUUUUGUUUUUUUACAAUGCAUGCACAUACUAGAACUAACGCCAGCAUGUAAGUUCUUCCCAUGCUAUUAAUGUAUCUAUUUUAUUUUCAGGGGACAAAACUUCUUUUCCAGGGUAAAUUUUACAAUGACAUGCGCCGCUGCCCAUUGUAUGCUGUUGAUAAUUUAUACAGAGGCGUAUGAAAACCUAGCAUUAAACAAACCAGCAUGGCAGGAACAUGUCUGGCCUGAAGAACCCUUUGAUAAGGACUGGGAGGCAGGGAAGGCUGUGGACGGACUAUACACAGACCGCUCAGCAGGAGGAAAACAAUGCACCAUUUCGGGCCCAGGUCAAACAACAGCGACGUGGAGAGUGGACCUGGGGAGUGUGGUCAGCAUCAGUCACAUUGACAUCUACUACAGAAAAGAAAAGGACCCCAGUCCGGGUAGGUACCCCAGUAGACUUGCCGGAUUUUUCCUUUACGUGUCCAACACUACGACAAAGCAUGACGGCCAUCUUUGUUUCCAUGAGAUACAGAAUGUGACCGGCACACCAAUAGAGAACCAGAUAAUAAGCUGUUCUGUUCACGGACGAUAUGUUAUAUACUACAACGAACGGACACCGGGUGUCUCCUAUCCUAGUUAUUACUCACAAUACGCAUACAAUGAACUGUGUGAAGUGGAAGUUUAUGGGUGUCCUGACCCAAAAUAUUAUGGAGAGAAUUGCAACCAAACGUGUCCUGGCGGAUGUCAGGAUAAAUGGUGUGACGUCAUUAGAGGAUAUUGCAUGAACUGCAUUCCCGGAUAUCAAGGUCCUCGCUGUAGUCAAGCAUGUGAUGUGCAGACAUAUGGACCCGAGUGUUCUUCACUAUGUGGUAACUGCAGUGAUGGAGAGACCUGUCACCAUGUCAACGGCACGUGUUUACAGAGAUGUAACGAGGGUGUGGAGGGAGAGAAAUGUCAGACACACUGUAUACCUGGUUUUUAUGGAAAGAACUGCGGACAGAGAUGCAGUGAGAACUGUAAAGUGACACACCACUGCAACAGAUUCACAGGGGAGUGUGACGGGGACUGUAAACCGGGAUGGCAGAUGCCAACCUGUCAGGAAGAAUGUGGCGGUGGGAUGUACGGCGCAGACUGCACACAGAGAUGUGGUCCCUGUCUAAACAACAAACAAUGUCACCAUAUUAACGGCACGUGCUUGAAUGGCUGUUCUUCCGGAUAUCAGGGAGGCCACUGUGAGGAGAAUUGCACCAGUGGAUAUUUCGGUAUCAAUUGUGAGAACAGCUGUACGGUGUACUGUGGUAGAAAUGGUAGUUGUGACGGGAUCACUGGGGUAUGUGACGAUGGCUGUAUAGAGGGUUGGAGCGGACCUCUUUGCGGUGCAGAAGAGUUAACAUCAUGCACUACAAGAUGUUCGGAUGACAACACCGUCAUCAUCAUAAGUCUUGUAGUAUCUAUUGCCAUAGUGUUCAUCGGAAGUGUCAUCAAUUUCCUGAUAUGGAAGAGAAAUCAUCCCGAAAACGUAAAGAGAGGAGAAAACUCUAAAAGUGAACCAAGGACUGAUCAUAAUACAGAUAAACCAAGCAGUUCGAGUGGGGUUGAAUCUCCGUAUGCAGAACUGGGUUACGUCGACAGGGCAAACAUGUACGAGGAACUCCACAAUUACACCAAAUGUGCUGGAAAAAUAUAAGACGAAGAUAUAAAUUAACUUUGUUUCCUUGCAUAUAUUUCCACCGUAUUCAGUUUUCUCUGGUGAACUUUCACAUAGAACAUAUUGAAAAUUUUUAGUGAGUAUAAAUGGAUUUCAAUAUAAUGCUAUACAUUCAACAGAAUCGAAAUCUUUAUUUUGAUAAAAUCUUAAACACAGUCAGGAUAUGUUUUUUUCAUGUCUCUCAAAUGGUUUGCUACACACGGACGUGUUCUUCGUAUGGUCAGUUUUGAAAUCAAGACAGGCUACUGACAAAUACGAUACUGUUACAGGGGUAUCAACAGUCUCGUUUAAAGUCAACAUUUUGGAAAUUACAACAGCCUUUCUUCCUAAAACAACCUAUCAUAGGGUUAAAUGCUAUAUGACAUGUUUCGUUCCUCAUGUACGGCCGUUCCUGGCACAAUGAUUUUAACUAUGGUUUACUUCGUUUACUUAAUCAAGAUAUACGGCUCACGACGGGCUUCACCGAUUGACAGGUGGUUUUUACUUCUCCUAGGCAUCUGACCCUACCUGAUACCUGAUACAUCUGGUGUAUCAGAGAUCCCUGUCAUUUUAUGUCCAGUGUGGAAAUUGUGAGGUCGAUCGCUGUUCGUAAUUUUCAUCUUUUCAAAAUUAUGUUUUCAAUUGCAAGAGAAAACAUGUUUUUCAAAUAAUUGAAUAUUACAAAUUCAAGAUUUCCAAGUGACGGAAGUGACUAGUCAAAGGUCAAUAAUAUUUUCGACUCUUGUAAAGUCCUUUGUGACGUGCAUUGCUUGUCUUUGUGUUUCGAUGUAUUUAUAUUUCAGUCGAUAUGCAAGAGCUUGUUCUGGGUAUAGUCAGUUUUUAAAUCGAGGCAAGCUACUGACAAACAAGUUGAUGGUACAGGGAUUUCAACAGUCUCGAUUGAAAUCAGCAUUUCGCAAAUUAUACGGUCGUUAUAACGAUCUAGUUCGUCAAUACAACCUCGCAUUGGGUCAAAUGCUGUCUGACGUGUUUCAUACCGAUUGUUAAGCCGUUCUUGGCACACUGAUUUUGACUGCGGAUAACUCCGUUUACCUGAUUAGGAUAUGGGGCUCACGGCGGGUGUGACCGGUCAACAGGGGAUGCUUACUCCUCCUAGGCACCUGGUCCCACCUCUGGUGUGUCCAGGGGUCCGUGUUUGCCCAACUAUCUAUUUUGUAUUGCUUGUAGGAGUUUUGAGAUUGAUCACUGUUCCUUAUCUUCACUUUGCACUAAGUAGGGCAUGUAUUAUCCCCAUAAAUUGUUCAAUAUUCAGUCUUCACCAUGAGUUUGCCGAAAUAGUUUUUUGUAUGUAAAGCCAUUUGGGUAAUACUUGUUACACUCCUGAUUUUCUAAACGUCUACUGUAUAUUGUGCGAAGAUCGUGUCAUAUUUCAAAGUAAUUUUGAUUGAUAUUUUUAUCACAAAUAUAAAGGCAAUAUUGUCAUGAUGUUUUUUUUUUAAUAUUCCAAUCUCAUCGUCAUUGUUCGUAUCUUUAGAUUUUCAGUUUUGUACCUUCCUAUGAGGUGUAAUAAAGGAAUA